AUGCAAUUCCAAACUUUAUUAGUCGUCGCUGGUUCUUUAGUUGCCUCAACUUUAGCCGUUAAUGCCACUGUCACUGAACAUCAUACUACUGAAAUCACCAUCACUUCAUGUUCCGAUAACAAAUGUGCCACUAGUGUUGCUCCAGCUGUUCAAUCUGUCAACACUGUCACUAUUGAAGGUAUUGUCACUGAAUAUACCACUUAUUGUCCAUUAACUGCUUCUGAACAUGAAAAAGCUUCUUCAUCACUUGCUCCAGUUGCUUCUACUGAAUCAGUUGUCACUACUACUAUUAGCGGUGUUCACACUUCUUACACUACUUAUUGUCCACUUUCUGGUUCUGAAUCAGCUACUCCAGGUACUGUUGCUGCUGAAUCUUCUUCUAGCAGUGAAGAAGUCAGUUAUGUUGAUGUCACUAGUACUCCAGUUGUUGAAUCCACUACUAAUGUUGAAUUAACUACCACUGCUCAAUCCACUUUAUUCACUUCAUAUGCUAACUCUACUGUCUCAUCUUCUGCUGCUCCUGCUCCUCCAUCAAAUGUUACUACUUUUGAAGGUGGUGCCGUUGGUGUUGCUUCUAACCAAAUCACCGUUGGUUUUGCUGCUCUUGCUGGUUUAGCCGCCAUCUUAUUAUAA